CUCUUCGCCCUCCUUCAUCCACAACAUCUCUAGCAUACAUGAUCAUGUCUUCCUCACGAGCCCUGCUUUUGAUUGGAAAGCUUCAUCAUGCGCGGAAAGAGUGGGAAGCGCUGAGUUCGCUGGCGACGUUGAAGGAGUAUCCGAGCGGCGACAGGCCCGACUUCCUGCGGAAUUGCGCCUCAGACGCCUACGCGGACGUGACAGCCCUGUACCGCUCCAAUGACUCGACCAGCAUCACCGGGCCCUUUGACGCGGAACUCGUCGCCGCUCUCCCGCGCAAUGUGAAGCAUAUCUGCCAUAAUGGAGCCGGAUACGACAAUAUUGACGUCGAGGCUUGCACGAAACGCGGGAUCGCGGUGUCGAGCACGCCGAUUGCUGUCGACGACUCUACUGCUGAUACCGCCAUGUUCCUCAUCCUCGCCGCCCUCCGCCGCAUCACCACUCCCUUCCUCGCCGUGCGCGACGGGCGCUGGCGUGGCGGAGAGAAAUUCACCCUCGGCCACGACCCGAAAGGCAAAGUACUCGGCGUCUUGGGCCUAGGCGGGAUCGGACGAGCCGUAGCGGCGCGAGCGAAACCGUUUGGCAUGAGCGUGCAGUACCACAAUCGCAAUCGCUUGUCGCCUGAGCUCGAGGAUGGAGCAAAGUACGUUGGCUUCGAGGAGUUGUUGCGGACGUCGGAUGUGCUGAGUUUGAACCUGGCACUGAAUGCGUCUACGAGACAUAUCAUUUCUAAGCGGGAAUUUGAGAUGAUGAAGGAGGGAGUGGUGAUUGUCAAUACGGCAAGGGGCCCGAUUAUUGACGAGGCGGCGUUAGUGGAGGCGCUGGAUUCGGGCAAGGUCUUUUCCGCGGGCCUGGAUGUGUUUGAGGAGGAGCCGAAGAUUCAUCCUGGUUUACUGAAGAAUGAGAAGGCGGUGCUGCUGCCGCAUGUGGGAACGUCGACUUGGGAGACACAGAAGGCGAUGGAGGUGUUGGUUUUGGACAAUCUCAAGUCGGCGACGGAGGGGAAGGGGUUGAUCACGCCUGUUGCGGAGCAGAAGACGAAGAGGUAAGCUGGGGGAUGCGGUUGGAGUGUGUCAUGUACUCGAGUGGCUGAUGAGUGUGAGUUGUAGUUCUCCGCGAGCCGGUAAAUUAUAGAGUCGAUCAUAGAAUACAUCUCGGGUGAUGAUGCAUGUUGUAUCUACACACAUCUAAUCCAUGUUGAUGCAGAAUAAAGUUAAGCUUUGGGUUGUCGGAGAUCGGAGGCCGGGAAAUAGGAAGGAACAUUUGGAUGAAAAGGGAAGUGGCAGGUUGCUAGGGCGAUGUUAGCCCCACCAACCCCGUAUUUAUGUCAACGCAGCCUCAUGCCCCAACCUCACGAAUCGC